AGAGUCAACAGUCCAAUCGCACUUUGUGCAAAAGCCCGCAUCAGCUCAAUUCAAUCGUACCAAGAGUGCCUUGUGCCUCGAUUAUAUAUCUUCGACCUGCUGUUUCUCAAUCCGCCCUUAUGAACGGGCGCCCGUCGGAGUUCACUUCUCAGGACUAUCUCUCUGACCACCUGUGGAGGGCUUUGUCAGCUUAAAGCAGGCCUCCCCCAACCGAUAACUGCCUCUCACCACCUGUAAUUUACAAAAACAAACCUCGAAACCUCAAUCCGAACUCGCCGCUGCCAUGUUCUCUAAGCUGGCAGCUAAUUUUGCCCAACGAGCGGCUGGCUCUGCCGCGGGCACCACUCGCCGGGUGGCUUUCCAGACGCGAUUCGUGUCCAGCCAGACACUUGCCAAUGGCAGCAAGGGCAGGGCAAUUCCUUUCCAGAAGCCUGGGUCUGUUCCCGCCACGUUUACCAUUCGAGAUGGUCCCGUCUUCCGCGGCAAGGCCUUCGGCGCCAAUGCCAACAUCUCUGGCGAAGCUGUCUUUACCACGUCUCUGGUUGGCUACCCCGAGUCCAUGACGGACCCCUCCUACCGUGGCCAGAUUCUUGUCUUCACCCAGCCCCUGAUUGGCAACUAUGGCGUUCCCUCCAACGAGCGCGACGAGUACAACCUCCUCAAGUACUUUGAGUCUCCCCACAUCCAGUGUGCCGGUGUUGUCGUCUCCGAUGUCGCCCUCAACUACAGCCACUGGACCGCUGUCGAGAGUCUGAGCGAGUGGUGUGCCCGUGAGGGCGUCCCCGCCAUCUCCGGCGUCGAUACUCGAGCCAUUGUCACCCACCUCCGAGAGCAGGGUUCAUCCCUCGCUAGGAUCUCUAUUGGUGACGAGUACGACGCUGAUGAGGAUGAGAGCUUCGUCGACCCUGGCCAGAUCAACCUGGUCAAGCGAGUCAGCACCAAGGCUCCCUUUGUGAUUGAAUCCCCUGGCGCUGACCUCCACGUCGCCCUCAUCGACUGCGGUGUCAAGGAGAACAUCCUCCGCAGCUUGGUCAGCCGAGGUGCCUCGCUCACGGUCUUCCCCUACAACUACCCGAUCCACAAGGUGGCCGAUCACUUUGACGGAGUCUUCAUCUCCAACGGCCCCGGUGACCCAAUCCACUGCCAGGAGACCGUCUACAACCUUGCCCGCCUGAUGGAGACGUCUUCCAUCCCCAUCAUGGGCAUCUGUCUCGGCCACCAGCUCCUCGCCAUGGCCGUCGGCGCCAAGACCAUCAAGAUGAAGUACGGCAACCGAGCCCACAACAUCCCCGCCCUGGACUUGACCACCGGCCAGUGCCACAUCACCAGCCAGAACCACGGAUACGCCGUCGACGCCAGCACCCUGCCCAACGACUUUAAGGAGUACUUUGUCAACCUCAACGACGGCAGCAACGAGGGAAUGAUGCACAGGACCCGCCCCAUCUUCUCGACCCAGUUCCACCCCGAGGCCAAGGGCGGCCCCAUGGACAGCUCCUAUCUCUUUGAGAAGUACCUCGAGAACGUCCGCGCUGCCAAGAGUGCUCAGCGCGUCUACAAGGACAACCGACCCAGCCAGUACGUCCUCGACGUCCUGAGCAAGGAGCGUGUGGGCGUCGAGCCUGUUCCUCUUGUCGGCUUUGCUUAAAGAAGAGCCGAACUCUAGGAAAUUUGAAUCUUGAGGGUUUUUCUAUUUAGGGCGUUUUGAAGUAAUUGGGGGAAUUGACAUUGUUUUCAUGGUCUUUGCUUUGAAUGCUAUAGUUACUCUUAACUAAAAAGAAUCACAAUUAUUUCAUAUCA